GGUGGUGGUGGUGGCGGUGGCGUUGGUGGGCCUCCGCUCGUGGUGAGGGUGAGGAGCGUGGGGGGCGAGGUGAUCGCCCAAGCGGUCGGCGCCGACAGACCCCGGAGGGCGCCUCCCGGGGGAGGCCCCGGCGGGGGAGCGGGAGAGGAGGCCGCGGCGCGCGGCGGCGGCGGCGGUGGCGGCGGUGGCGGCGGCAGGGACGCGGGGGCCGUGUGGCUCGAGUUCCGCAAGGCCGACGGGACCCACGUGUCCAUGAGGGCCGACUUCACUCUGGGAGUGAAGGUGUUUAAGGUGCUGGUGCUGGGCGAGAUGGAGCGAGGUCAGGAUGAAUACCGCACCAGCUGCUUCAUCGCGCGCCUCCACGCACGCGAGGUCCUCUCGCCCGAGUCCGUCAGCAAACUCCGCCAGCGGAACUCGGCGGUGGUGCGCGGUGCGGGAGAGAGCCGGCCCGGUGAGACGCUGCGCAUGGAGCUGCUGGUGGCGCUGAGCAACGCGACGGAGCGUGCUGCCCGGCUCUACAGCGCCUGCAGCGACGCGUGGGACGCGGCCUACAGCAACGCGGACACCGUGCGGGCCCUCAACCGCGGCGGCGGCCCCCCGGUGAUGACCAUCCUCGCUCAGCUCAACCUCCCCGUCUCGCCCGCUCCCUCGCCACCACCGGGCUCACCGCCUUCAUUCUCGCCGCCGUCUUCGCCGACGCCCUCGCCGGCGCCUCCGCGGUGCCGCGAGUCUCGCUCGCCCUCCGCGCCCUGCGUCUGCCGCUGCGCCGUCUGCGUGGAGUGGCUGCCGUGCGGACUGCGCAAGUGCAAGGUGGCUCAGCUGCAGCAGCAGCAGCAGCAGCAGCGCCUGCAGCAGCAGCAGCAGCAGCAGGAGGGCGCGGGAGGAGAUCGAGAGGAGGGCAGCCCCGGAGGGUCGGACGUGCGGACCUGCGGAGUCCGGGCCUGCAGCAAAUGCUGGACCUUUGAGUUCAUCGUCCCCGCCCGUAACCUCUGCUUGUGGGGAGACGACGGCGCGUGAUUGGUUGGAGGGUGUGGCGCGGGGGGGCGGAGGUGGGAGGGGGGGGUGGGGGGGGGGGCUGGCGCGUGAUUGGCUGAUGCGGUGUUGGCCGCUUAGCCGACGCGUCAUUGGGCUGCCGGGACGUUUGAGAGGUCGGGUUUGUUGGGAUGCGGCGCGUGAUUGGCUCACGUCGUUCUCGGGUUGCGCGGGAUUGGCUCAUGUGGUGCCCGGUUUAGCUGACGCGUGAUUGGCUGCUGGGACGUUUAGCCGGUCAGGUCGUUGGGGUGGCGCGUGAUUGGCUCACGUGGUGCCGGUUAUCUGAGGCGUGAUUGGCUGCUGGGAUGUUUAACUGGUCAGGUCGUUGGGGUGGCGCGUGAUUGACUCACGUGGUGCCGGUUAUCUGAGGCGUGAUUGGCUGCUGGGACGUUUGAGGAGUCGGCGUGUUGGGGUGUGCCGCGUGAUUGGCUCACGUGGUGCCGUUUAGCUGAAUCGUGAUUGGCUGCUAAGACCUUGGGGUUGAGGAGCUGGGAACCAUGAUUAGCUGAUACGGUGUGCCGGUUAGGUGACAAAUGAUUGGCUGAUGCAUUGGGGUUAUCUGACGGAUGAUUGGCUGCUGAGGUGUGCCGGUUAGCUGACAGAUGAUUGGCCGAUGAUCGGCUGAUGCGAUGUGCCGGUCAGCUGACAGAUGAUUGGCUGGCACGCUGCGUGGUUUUACAUUUCCCACAAUUAACGGCUCCCGAAAGCGAUUUUUUAAAAGCCGUUUUAAACGUGGAGAUAAAAAUCACCCGAGUUAGAAUUUGCGUACCGUUGUUUAAACACUGACACGUACAAUUCACUCGGAAAAAAAAACUGAACCCAAGGUCUCCAUUAUUAUUACUUGGGAGUAAAAUCGUAAAUGUUCACGUUUAAGGAACCGCAAAGUCAAUUUAUCCUUU